CCAAUCCGCAACGGUCAAAAAUGUCCCUCCAACGUUCACAAAACCCUCUUCAGGUCCAUUCCUUCAUUCCCAAAAUCCCCUGUAACGCUUCUUAUCCACCCAAUCUCCAUUUCCUUCCUUCUCUAGCUUUUCCCAAUCUUUCCAAACAUUGCUAAUGGAGCACGUCGAAAUCGACUGGGAGAACAUCGUCUCCCACUACGAGCUCGACGAGGUCUACGAGCACAUCAACGCCCCCAAAUGGCUCGAUUUCUCGGCCCCCGAUGCCACCAUUGAUGACGUCGCAUGGUUCUGUCGCACCGAUUGCCGCCAUCCCAUCUCCUACGAGGAUUUCGACCGUUGGAAUCCUAGCCCCAAAGUGAAGCUCUUGAGAUCCGGUUCGGACGCCAUUCUAGCUGGCGAGCAGAACAAGAAUCGGAGGGAUGUUAAUUUGAAGAAGAGAAGUGGAAUAGUUUCUGUUUGCUCUUCGCCCAGAUUGAACUCCAGAGAAGUCGGAGAAGAUAACGAGAACCAGAAUCCGAACAUGGAAGCUACUCCGGUGAAGCUGAAAGCAAAGAAGAAGAAGGAAGCCAUUAAAUCAAGCGCAGAAAAUAAGGCUGCUGUUGUUGAAGAGGAAACUAGAGAAACUCAGAGUAGAAGAUCGCCGCAUCAGCCUCGGCUAAAGAACAUUUUAUCUGCGAGGAAUCUGUUUCCCGGGAAGGAUAUAUUGAGCCAAAUUUCUGAGUUCUGCCAUGAACUGAAGAAGCUUGCAACUGGAAAAGAUUCGGCUGGUGUUCUUAAAGAGGAGAAGAAGGAGAAGACGAAGAAGAUGAUGGAAGAAGGGAGAGUGGAGGAAAAGAAGGCUCUGAUUUCCACCAUCAAAACUAGCAGCUUGAACAAGAAACGUGAAUUGGCACUCAAGUUGGAUGGCAGCGAAGAGAAGAGAAAUAGAAUAUUGAAAGAAGCAAGAGCUCACCCUCCAACUCCUCAGCGUUUUCCUUCUCCUUCCGGUCGUCAUCUUCAUCCUCACCUCAAGAGCUCAAAAACCUCUGCAAAUAGCAACUCUUCUUCUUCUCCUCUUUGCAAACUUUCUGAAUCCAAAGAUCCAGAGAGAAGCGUGCUUCGAGAACUGCAUCAGGGAAGCGAGGAGGAGAAGAUUGAACUCAUUCCAAAGAAAGAGGAAAACAACAGAGCUUCUGUUGAUUCUGAAGUGGAGGGGAGUCCGGUGGAUUUGUUCUGGUUCUUGAGGCCUUGCGCUUAUUUGAGUUGAUUUUAUGGGGAUUAUUCAUGUUAUUUUAUUAAUUUAUAGGUGAUUUAUUUUUGGUUGAGUGGUUUGAGAGAUUUAUUCAUUUCUUUGUUUUUGAGGAGAAUAAU